AUGGGGGGCACAGAGGCAUCUAAUUCUGGUAAAAUGGGGGUUUUGGGGGGGAAAAGUCCGUCUGUAUAUGAUCCGGAGAAUCCCAUUACACUUUUUAUUAUACAGUGUGUGAUUAUUAUCGGGUUUUGUCGGCUACUUCAUCUUCCACUGUCGCGUCUAAAGCAGCCUCGAGUAAUCGCUGAAAUUGUUGCUGGGAUUCUUUUGGGGCCUUCUGCACUAGGAAAAAUUCCGUAUUUUAACAAGCAUAUUUUUCCCGAAGAUUCACUAGUUAUUCUUAACCUUGCUUCCAAUAUUGGGCUUGUUUUUUUCCUUUUUGUAGUCGGUAUGGAAGUCGAUGUACGAGUAAUUCGCCGUCAUUUCAAGGCUGCACUAAGUGUGGGGCUGGGAAGCUUGUUUUUACCUUUUGCAGGAGGGAUGGCUGUUGCCUAUGGAUUAAACAAAGAAUUUAAUGACAAUAAAGAUACAAAUCUUGUUGUAUUUUUCAUUUUCAUUGGAACAGCCUUUUCAAUUACGGCAUUUCCUGUACUUGCUAGAAUUCUUACUGAGUUGAAACUUCUUCAAGAAAAUGUGGGCAUUGUCGUGCUUUCAGCAGGUGUUGGCAACGACAUGAUAGGAUGGGUUCUUCUUGCACUUACUAUCGCUCUUGUUAACGCAGGAAGCGGAAUUAUUUCUUUAUACGUUCUUCUUCUCGGAAUUGCAUGGACACUUAUACUUAUUUAUAUUAUUCGUCCUGUUUUUAUUUGGUUGGCAAAAAAAACCAAGAGUUUAGAAAAUGGUCCAACCGAAUUUAUGAUUACUAUUACUUUUUUCCUAGUUUUAAGUUCGGCAUUUAUUACUGAUAUUAUUGGUGUUCAUCCUAUUUUUGGAGGUUUUCUUGCUGGUCUUAUUAUACCUCAUAUUGGAGACUUUGCAGUAAAAGUUACUGAAAAAGUUGAAGACCUAAUUACUAUUCUUUUUCUUCCUUUGUAUUUUGCAUCAUCUGGGCUUAAAACCGAUAUUAGUUUAUUGAAUGAUCGGAUUUCUUGGGCGUGGACAAUUUGUAUUAUUUCUACGGUUAUUGUAACCAAAAUUGUAGGAAGCUCCUUAUCAGCGCGUAUAAAUGGUUUAUUAUGGCGGGAGUCUCUUACAAUCGGUGUUCUUAUGAGCUGUAGAGGUCUUAUUGAGCUUAUUGUUUUAAAUGUUGGCCUUACAGCGCAUAUUUUAAAUCCAAAAAUUUUCACUAUGUUUGUUGUUAAUGCUGUAAUCACAACAACAUUAACAACGCCUUCUGUAUUAUUUCUUUAUCCUGCAUGGUAUCGCGAAAAAGUAAAAAGAUGGCGUGCUGGUGAAAUAAAUUGGGAUAAUACGCCAACUAGAAUUGACCCUAAAAACGAAUUUAUUUCGGAUAAUUCCUUUGCUCCAGUAAUAACUGAUAGAUUAAUGGUCGUUCUCAAUCGUGUAGAACAUCUUCCUCCUCUUAUGGCUUUCAUUCGUCUUCUUGCACCAACAUCAUCAAUAAAAAUUGAUUACAUGAUGGAUGAUUCUGAUAUUCAGUUUCCAGCUAAACCUAUAGAAGAACCUCUUUUAGUUCACGGGUUUCGUCUUAUUGAAUUAACUCAACGCACAUCGGCUAUUAUAAAAGCAUCAGAUAAUGGAGAAGAUAAUAAACUUGAUCCAUUGAUGAACGUUUUCCGAACUUUUGCUUGUUUAAAUAGAUUACGAGUAUCUGGGUGCUUAAAAUUUGCGUCAGAAGAAGAGUUUUCAAAUAGUGUUAUAGAACAAGCUAAAGAUAUCAAAGCAGAGCUUUUAAUCAUACCAUGGAGUACAGAUGGAUCUAUUUCCGAUGAAUCUGAAAAGAACCUUAAACUUAUUUCAAGUUCCUUUGUACAAAAAUACACAACACCAAGACAUAAUGAAUAUGUAGAAAAUAUUUUUAAUAAUGUACAUUGUGGAAUUGGUGUUCUUAUAGAUCGUGGACUUGCAGGAAAUAUAGUACAAGAAAAUUUUGAUUCUCAAUCAUAUGGUUUAGAUAGAAGAUUAUCUUUUGCAAGCUUGCGCUCUCAUUUUAGUAGUAUACGUCAUCCAAGCACAUUAUUUGAAAUUUCAAAUCCAAGUAACGGCAAAUAUCAUUUGUUUUUCCCAUUUUUUGGAGGAGAGGAUGACAGAACUGCUUUAAAUAUUGCUUUACAAUUAAUAUCUAACCCAGCAAUAUCAGCAACUAUAGUUCGAAUAAACACUUCUGAAACAUCUACACAUAAUCUUCAACCUGUUCAUCUAAAAACAAAUUCUAAAGAUUUUUCUCCUUUACAUGAAGUACUUCAAAAAAGUGGUUCUGUUAGUUCAAAUCAUUUUACAUUACAGUUUCGUAACGAUCUUCCUCGACAAGUAUCAAUGUCACAAACACCAUUGGAAUAUGAUGAUAAAUUUAAAUCUACCACAGUGCCAGAUGAAAACGACACAGCUGAAAAUACUCUUGAUGAUAGAUUUAUACAAACUUGUAUGAAUCCUAUCCUUGAAAAAUUUUCUUCUCGUGUUACAUUUGAAACCAUUAACAGUAAUUUACCUUUACAAUAUGCAUUGUCGUUGGCUAAAAAAGACAUUUCUAAACACAAGUAUUACGGAGGAGGUUCAAUCAUUAUACUUGGGCGCUCCUGCAAAAACCCAAACCCUUUUAUUCGAAAAGAUUUAAUUAAUAUAUUAAAAGCAUCCGGUUAUCCUACAGGAGCAGGAUCAGGAUUACGAAGAUGUCUUGGUGACUCUGCUGAAGCUUACUUAGUUGCUAGAAUUAAAGCUAGCAUAUUAGUUAUUCAAGCGCCAUCAAGGAAGUCUUAA